UCAGUAUUAUUUAUACCAUUUAAUUGUCUUGAAGUAAAUAAUUAUGAUUUUAAUAUUGAUUUAAUUGAUGAUCGUCUCAAUGAUACCGAAACUGUUAAGCUAUUUGUAGCACUGGUACUCGCCAUCGAUGGUGCACCCAAUGAUCAACAAUCAUGUCGGUCCUGUAAUGCUAGCAUAUCCUAUAUGAGACAAUGGGUCACAGAUCCGGAUACUGUUAAACGUGCAUCGAUACACUAUUGUCGAGAGGAAAGGGAUACCAAACAUUUGAGUACCGAAAGACUAUGUCUUGGAAUUAUUGAACGGCUAACCGACCAUCUACUGUAUGUCAUACAAAAUUCCAAGCUAACUGUGCCCGAAGUUUGUGGUGUACUGUUUCAUCCAAACUGUAUGCACUAUUUAGGUGUUCCCCUAACACAUAAUGUGCUCUGGAAGCUACCACUACCCGAACGCAAACAAUUUCGUCCUAUAGUCGACAGUACAGGUAAAUCGCUAAAAAUGCUACACCUGACCGACACGCAUAUGGAUCUGUGGUACACACCGGGCUCUAACUCCUUGUGCGAUGAAUCGGUGUGCUGUCGGAGUACGUCCUACGGUCACAAUCAUUCGGCCGGUGUUUGGGCCGAAAGCCGAUUCUUGUGCGAUGCGUCGCUCGAAUUUGCCGACGACUCGAUCAGACAUAUGGCCGAACAGCACCGGGACCUCGAUUUUGUUAUCUGGACGGGCGAUAAUACACCGCACGACGAAUGGAACAGUACCCGAGAAAUUAAUUUGCGAUCAAUUUCGUUGAUGACCGAUACGGUGCGGUCAGCAUUUGGUCCCAAAAUACCGGUCUAUCCCUGUUUAGGCAAUCACGAACCACAUCCCUUUAAUCUAUAUGUCCCAUAUGUAGCAUCAGUGGACUCAAACGGUACGUUUUCCAUGAAUUGGUUGUACGAAACACUGGCCGACAACUAUUGGCACCAAUGGAUCGGUACAUCUGAAGCCAAUCGCAAGUCAUUUACAACGGGUGGCUAUUAUUCUGCAAUGAUUAACAAAGGUCUGAAAAUUGUUGUCCUAAACAACAACAUAUGUCAACACCGGAACUAUUGGAUUGCCUACAGUCCAGUCGAUCCGGACGGUCAGCUUCAGUGGCUUAUCGACCAAUUGGACAGUGCCGAAAGUGACGGCAUCUAUGCUAUGAUAAUCACUCACGUACCACCGUACGAGUAUCGGGACUGUUAUCUGGCAUGGACAGACAACUAUUUUCGUAUUGUGGAACGGUAUGAGCAUCUGUUGGUUGGGUCAUAUUUUGGACAUACACACAAUGACGAGAUUGUCAUAUUGUAUAAUAAAAACGCCACCACCAAUGCUACCUAUCCUAUUGGACACGGCUAUGUUGGGCCGAGUGUUACACCCUGGGCCUAUCAUAAUGCCGGCUAUCGGGUGUUUCAAUUGGACGGCACAGGAAAGCCGUUUGAUUUUACAAUGUAUUAUACAAAUGUAACUCAAGACAAUAUCGAUGGCCGUCAGGUGCGUCCAAAAUGGACAGUUGGUUAUUCGGCCCGCGAAAGCUAUCGGAUGACAGAACUGUCUACCAGUGAAUGGGAUGGACUGUUGAGUCGAGCCCUUACCGAUGAUAGGCUACUGGAUCUGUAUUUUUCGCAUUUGCGUCGAUUUAGCGAAGCUUUUGUCGAUAAAAUGAUAGAUCAAAACAUUUACGAUCGCAAACACAUACGGGAAAUGUAUGUCAAAUCGAGAAAAGUUGUCAAUCCUAUCAAUGAAUUAAUAAAAUAA